UCCAAGCAGUGCUGAAUGUCGAUACAUUUGACUCCCUUUUCUCGCAACUUCAACAGAUUAACCUUCCAAUUUCACCUUCAAAUUCGAUUCUUUACACGUCGUCGUGACCCUUUUCCUACAAAGAUUUGUCACUACCUAAACCGUGCAAAGCUCAUUGAUUCAAUUCGACUUACACUACGUUCCAACAAUCCCGAUUCAACUCUUCCCACUCUCAUAAACCAUCGUUUAUUCGAUUCUUAUAUUGUCACUCAUGCACUUCGUUCUGCACCUUGUGCAGAUUCUGCACUUUCCUUCAUUCACACCCUUGAGAAAACAAAAAGUCAUAAUUUUUCACAUACCCAGAAUACCCUUCAUGCUCUUGCUACUGUUCUUGCAAAAUCUGGUCGAUGUGCUGAGCUCAAAUCCCUCAUUGAUGAUAUCAAAAGUAAAAGGUUUGGCAAUGUUAGGAUUAGCUUUAUGAAUCUAAUGCAGUGGCAUGCUGCAGCUAGGGAUAUUGAUUCUGUUCUUAGGGUUUGGGAUGAGUAUAGAGUUGCAAGUAAUCGUGUAUGUAGUGAAUCUUAUAACAUUGUUAUGGCUCUUUAUGUAGAAAUGGGUAAGGAUUUUGAAGCUGUUGGAGUUUUUCAUAAGAUGGUUGAUGAAGGGUCACUUCCUAAUUGUAGAAGCUUUAGUAUAAUAAUUGAGCACCUUGUGAAAUGUAGGAAGUUUUGGGAAGCUAUUGAGGUAUUUAAUUCGUUGCCUUUGAUGAGGAUCAAACGUACUUUGAAACAGUACUUUGUUUUGAUUGAAGGUUUGGUUGGUAGCAAACUGUUUGAUGAAAUUGGAGUUUUAGUUAAUGAGAUGCAAGUUGAUGGAAUAUUACCUAGUCGGACUUUGAGUUUGUUGUUGCAGCGGGUGAAGGAUGAAGGAUUUCUUAAGGAUAUUGAUGAAUUGUUUAGCGACAUUUGCCCGGACAAAAGAAUCAAGAACGUAAGAUAUUCUAUAGAUAGCAAUGAUGAGGAUGGGAAUGAGAAUGUAGAUGAGGAUGAGGAUGAAAGUGAGAAUGAAAAUGAGGGUGAGAUUCAUGCUUCUCAAUGUGAUCAUGUAGAUGGGAUCCACUUAAAACCGUGGCUGGAUCCGCGGUCUUUGGCAAGUGCCUUACAGAAUUGGAGUCCUGAUGAGGUAUCAGCACUAGAGGAUGCCGACUUUGUGUGGACAACUAGGUUGGUAUGCAAGAUACUUAGAAGUUUCAAUUCUCCAGAUACUGCGUGGAAUUUCUUCUGUUGGGUUGCUAAUCGACCUGGAUUUACUCAUAAUAUAUACACAGUGCAAAGAAUCACGACCCUUCUUGCGCGCCAUGGACGUACUGAAUUAGUCGAUAGUCUCAUCUCCAAGAUUAGAAUAGAGGGAAUGAGAUUACCAUUCAGUACCAUCAGGUUAAUCAUUGACUUCUAUGGGAUUUCCAAAAAUGCUGAUGCUGCUCUCAAGGUUUUCAAUGAAGACCGAAUACUUUGCGGGUCUAUAUCAAAAGUUAACUUGAUGCUUCUGUAUUCCUCUCUUUUAAGAACAUUAACCAAGUGUGGAAGGAAUUCUGAUGCCAUGGAUAUGCUUGAUGAGAUGAUUUUAAAUGGUAUUUGCCCAGAUAUCCAAACAUUUUCAGGUCUAAUGCAAUAUUUUUCACAACAUGGAGACAUUAAAACCGUGCAGAAACUCUUUUCAAUGGUCCGACAGAGCGGUUUAGAGCUAGAUGCUUAUCUGUUUAAGGUACUAAUCGAAGGUUAUUGCAAGUCAAACAGAGCUGCACUGGCUUGGAGGCUGUUUGAAGACAUGAAGAAUUCGGGUUCGAUGCCCGAUUCUUCCACAAAAGAGUUGCUAGUGAAGAGCCUGUGGAAAGAAGGGAGGCGGAGAGAGGCUGCAGCAGUAGAAGAGAGCUGUGAAGAAGUGAAUGUGGCCCUUCCACUUGCAUUACCUGGUCAUGUAUGGACUGUCAGCUCUGCAGAUCUCACAAGAGUUUAUAACAUUUAUUCAAAUUGUUUUGCUUCAAAAGGGGGCUAGAGUUAUCCAUUGUUCUAUAUUGAUAGAGGCGUAAUUCUCCAUGCAUGAAAUCUCAGCACAAAGUAUAACAAGUGAAAAACAAUACCCAAAUUCCUUAACCUGUGAUGUUUUUUUGGGAGGAUUUGAAAAAUAUUGUUAAAAGUUGCAGUAAUUAUUUCAGUUUUGAAAAUGUAUUAUUGGCAGGACAUGAGUUGAUACUCAGGAAUUAGCUCUUGCUUCAUUGUAUUCACUUGGUCAACUGCUAGAAAUCAUCUUGGUAUAAUAUCAGAACGAAGGAACCUUUCAGUUUUUUGUAUAAAAAAGGUAUCCCUGCGCAUUACUCUGGGAGCUGAUUCCUUGAAUUGGGUAGAACCACUUGAGUGACAAAGUUAUUAAUAAAGAGUUUUAAUAUUGUUGUAUUCUCAAAGCUGAAUUUGAACUUAAGACCAUACAAGUGUUUUUGGCUUGUUUGUGGGUUAGAUGAAUAUAAAGUACAAAAGGCUGCACUCAAGUAAGGAAGGGUAGGAUAAGAACUAAGGACAUCUUGUUCUUUUUAAUUUAGGAUAAGUUAGCUUAUGUGGCAAUGUAAACUUCGUUUCUAGGAGUUAGUCAUGUACCAGAAACAGGGAACAUAUAAUCACUUCGUAUA